ACAAUAUUUAUUUUAUACAGCACGAUGCGAGUGCUGCCCGUGUUUUUUCUAGCGGUGCUCUUCUCGACAAAGAUCGACGUACAGGAGUGUUGCGACCAUGAUUGCAAGUUACAGCAAUACCAACAGGCCCUGGAAAAUGCCGUAUACGUGUAUCAAGCACAGAGAACCCAACCAGGCAUAUUUCCAAGAACUUCGAUUAUAAACGGGCGCACUUUUGGGCUUUUAUGUGGACUAAAAACUCUAAUAUGUUUCGUGGGAAGGCUUUUUGGAUAUAUUUGUCAACGGCAUUGUGGACAGCCACCGCCGUCCCCGCCGCCACCUCCACAAUGUCCACAAAUUGAGCCGCCUCUGUGUGUUUGUCAACCUCCACAUCCGCCAGGUUGGCCUCCACAUACUUCGCCUCCACCAUAUUGGCCUCCACAUACUUGGACUCCACCAUGGCCGACUCCACCAUGGUCAACAACAAGAUGGCCACCUCCAUCUGGACCGACUUCGACACCAAAAACUUCAACACCCACUUGGCCGACUCCACCUUGGUCAACACCCACAUGGCCGACUCCACCUUGGUCAACACCCACAUGGCCGACUCCACCUUGGUCAACAACAAGAUGGCCACCUCCAUCUGGGCCGACUUCGACACCAAAAACUUCAACACCCACUUGGCCGACUCCACCUUGGUCAACACCCACAUGGCCGACUCCACCUUGGUCAACACCCACAUGGCCGACUCCACCUUGGUCAACAACAAGAUGGCCACCUCCAUCUGGACCGACUUCGACACCAAAAACUUCAACACCCACUUGGCCGACUCCACCUUGGUCAACAACAAGAUGGCCACCUCCAUCUGGACCGACUUCGACACCAAAAACUUCAACACCCACUUGGCCGACUCCACCUUGGUCAACACCCACAUGGCCGACUCCACCUUGGUCAACAACAAGAUGGCCACCUCCAUCUGGACCGACUUUGACACCAAAAACUUCAACAGUAACGUGGCCGACUCCACCUUGGUCAACAACAAGAUGGCCACCUCCAUCUGGAUCGACUUCGACACCAAAAACUUCAACAGCAACGUGGCCGACUCCACCUUGGUCAACACCCACAUGGCCGACUCCACCUUGGUCAACAACAAGAUGGCCACCUCCAUCUGGAUCGACUUCGACACCAAAAACUUCAACAGCAACGUGGCCGACUCCACCUUGGUCAACACCCACAUGGCCGACUCCACCUUGGUCAACAACUAGAAGGCCUCCUCCAUCUGGGCCGACUUCGACACCAAAAACUUCAACAACAUGGUCAACGCCCACUAUGCCACCUCCAUCUUGGUCAACAACAUUUACUCCGCCGACUUGGUCGACUCCAACAGUGCAAACAACUUCACCACAAACUUCGCCUACAACUUCGCCAAUUACAACACCCGAGGGGCCAACAACGCAACCACCGGGAUGUAUAACAACACCACCACCACCGGUGUGCAUAACAACGCCACCAACGACGCAGUGUCAUACACCACCGCCGGUGUGUGUAACCACGCCAUCAACUACGCAGUGUAUAACACCACCGCCGGUGUGUAUAACAACGCAACCACCGGGAUGUAUAAUAAGACCACCACCGCCGUGUGUAACAACGCCACCAUCAGCGGAGCCUGGUAUAACUAUUAAUAUACCCAAUAUCGGAAAGGAAGAGCUACUAACCAUGUUGGAAGCGUUGCGUGAGAUCAUAAAAAAUAGGCCAUCCAACUUAACCAGAAAUCUGGAAGACAAAGAGCUUGAGACCCAGCUCGAUGCUAUCGUCCCUAAGGCAUUGAACGCUGGACAUCAAAGGUCCAGAGUCGACCCUGACCUCUUGGCCAAGACACUCAACGCCAAGUGCGGCAUAUUUGGGUGUACAGCUAAGUGUCCCAAUCAAAGGACUUGCAAUCCUACAAAAUGCAUGAUCCCUGGCUGGUAACGUCAAUAAAUGCAGCAAGAAUCGUCCAAGAGUGAUUGGUCUGGUUCUUGUUUGUCUUUAA